AUGUUCUUCAAGCGCAGCAAGCAAGAUUUUCACGUCGAAAAGGAAGCGGCAUGCCAUCAUGCAAUUAGCAUCAAAGAUGGCAUGGAGAUUUCGGGGUUCAAGACACAUGGCUCGCAGCCGAUUACGUACAUUCGCGACAAGACUCAAACUCAAGAGGUCGAUGAAGACUACAAUCUGUCGCCCACUUCACCACCCAGCCAUGGGCCCAUGAGACGAAAUCUUUGUCAAGAAGCCAUCAAGCCCGUUGAUGACCUCAUCCUGAAUCUUAACUACAAAGAUACCGUAAUCGAGGUUCCUACAGGCGGUUCUUGCGUCCAAUCUCCUCCCGUUGCUCCACUUAGGAACCUUGCAACGAAAAAGAAGAAGAUUGAGAACGGGGUCAACGAGCUUAUGGAUGACAAGACAUGGGGUCUCAACUAUAAGGAAAACGGGUCGAAGCGUUCUCCGGGCAGCAACUCCUGCGCCGAGUCGCCUUCCUUCCCCCAACCCACCAAGCUCGCAAGAAAGAAAGAAGAGGUUGAGAAUAGGGUCAACGGGAGUAUGAACGACAGGAUAAGGGGCCUCAAUUAUAAGGAAGCCGGGCUGGAGUCUUCUCCGGGAGGCUUCUGUGCCCAGUCGCCUGCCCAUCCUCAGCCUACAAAGCUCCAAAAGCAAAAACGGGACGUUGAGAGGAUGAUCAACGACCCACUUGAUGACCACAUCUGGAAUCUCAAUCAUGAAAAAGUUCCGAUGAAGCUCCCUACGGACGGAUCCUGUCCCCUAUCACCUCCCCUUCCUCAACCUUCAAAGCUCGCGACGAAGAAAGAGCAGGCUGGGAAAAUGAUGAACAAACCUUUUGACGAUUUGGCGUGGAGGCUGAAGUACAAGUAG